UACAUAGCGGGAUCUUGAAUUUGUGAAUCACCGAAAAUUAAAAAUAUUUUUGAUCGCGAUAAAAAUAUGAAAAACAUAAACAUCGUCACAAGAUCAACUGAUCAGUUAGCUCAUUCUUACAUGCUGUUAAUGAUAAUCAUAUAGUUACAAUGAAUUCCGUGAUUCUGAGUUCGUCGUCAUUGCAAAACUCGUUUAUUAACACCAUAGAUCAUUUACCUUGUGAUGUGAUACGAUCACUAUGGCUUAUCCAAUCAUGUAAUAUACACAUCAACAAAAGUAGAAACAAACUAAAUAUACUAUUAGAAGAACUACAGACACUAUCACCAAAUGAGACAUUCCACCAGAAGGAACUCAUACGUGAAAUGAUUCAAUUGAAAUCUACCAUUAGCAGGUAUACUGUUGAAUCUAUAAGCGAAGUGAAAGCCAUGAAUAAUCAACUUAUAACGCACAAACUAGUUCUUUCAGAUGAGUUAACAGAACUUCAACACAUUUAUGAAGCUCGUUCCAGUCAGAUACGAGAUAAUCGAGAAGUCAACGAAGGGUUAAGGAAACAAUUGAUUGAACAUUAUAAAGAAAAUCCAUUAAUUUCGCAACAGGAAGCAUUAAAAGAACGAGAACAAGCAAAUAAGCUAGAAGCAAAGAAAAAGAAACAAGCUGCAUCAGAUUCAUCAGGUUUAAAAUUACUACUCAAAAUCCCUCAUAAAGUAAGCAAACACAAACUUAGUGUCAAGAGUGUAUCACGUUCUAACAAAGCAAAGAUUCCAAAGAUAAAGAAGAAGGUUCAAAAGCCAAUUAUAAUAGAAGAAGAAGAACCUGAAGAAAUUCCGGUCGAGGAUGAAGAAGCAUUGAAGACUUAUUGUUUCUGUAAUCAAGGUUCUUUCGGUGAGAUGAUAGCUUGUGACAACGAAGACUCGUGUCCUAAUGGAGAGUGGUUUCAUUAUAAGUGUGUGGGUUUAUUAAAUCGAGUUGAGGCUCUUAAGUAUACUACGGGAAAACUUAAAUGGUUUUGUUCUGAUCAUUGUCGAGAGAUUGUUGAAUCAAAGGAAGCAGCCAUAGCAGAAAGGAAAAAGAAAAAGAAGAGAAGAAAGUGGUAAACGAUUUCUAUAGUACAAAUAUUA